CCUUGUUGCAAAAUGGACUAGAUUAUGAAUCAAAAUGGCCGACUUCAAUUGCAAAAUACGGAAGACAUCGACUUUUCUGCUUAUUAUUUAUUUCAUUUCAUUUGCUUUUUGUGAUGAUGCCGUCAAUGUCAAAGAUGCGGAAGAUUCCAGUUCCAACAAGACUGAAUUUAAUAAAGGGGAACACAAGCAACCAAGGAGAGACAGUCAUGUAGACAAUGUUGAUCAGGGCUCUACACAUGGAGAUUUGGAAGUGGAAAAUACAGAUGACCCAAAGAAAGCCUUUGAGGAAAGCAACUACAUUGUGAAUAAAGCGCAUGUUAGUCCGGAAGGUAAAGUGAUAACUGAAGUUGUAUCAGAAGAUAUUGAUGUUAAUGAAGUUUCAGACAUUCUACAAACUGAAGAAACAUCAAAGCCUAAGCUGGAUACUGAAUCAGUGUUGAACUCAAAUAAUUCAAUUGUGCAAUGGUUUCGCUAUUUAUUUGACCCGAUUCUUGAAGAAUUCAAAGAAGGGAUAUUUCAAAAUGUCACAAAUAAGGUAAAUUUAACAGCAAAGUCUGAAGCUGCCAGUGAGAUUAAUGUAGUUACUGUAAAUUCUACUUCUGAAAUAUUAAAUACCACUAUGGAAACCAGCUUAAAUACAACAGUUGAAAGCGAUAAAAAUAACAGUACAACUGACACUGCUAAAAAAUCAAAGUUUCAGUGCACUGGUAGAAGUGCAAUUGAAAACUCAAACGCAACUGUCCAAUUAAUUUCAACAGCAAGACUGACGCAGAUUUUGAAUCUAGAAAAAAAUGCAACAGACAAUGUAACAGACUGCUUAUUAGUGAUGUUUUAUGCUCCUUGGUGCCAUUUCUGCGCAAAAACAGCACCACAUUACAAUGCUCUCGCAAGGGCUUUUCCACAAUUAGACUUUCUAGCGGUUGACACAGCCCAGUUUAGCAAUCUCCUUGCAAAAUUUGGUACAGUCUCAGUUCCAAACAUUCUGGUCUUUCAUCAGUCCAGAAUGGCAGUGAAAUUUAACGAGACCGAGAGGAUAUUUGAAAAAUUUGUAUCCUUCGUAACUAAUGCUACAGGUCUACAGCCGAACACCUCAGUGCAAGUGACCGAGGCAGAUUAUCAGGGCCCGGUUCCUAGCAUCCCUACCAACGAGCCGGACUAUCUACUCCUUCUGUCCUGGCUGUUUGUGAUAUGCUGCAGCUCUUACAUGGUUGUCAAGUCCAACAAGGGCCAGCAGUGGAUCAACAAGGUCAGGAUCCUGUGGCAGGAGCACCAGCACAUUGACUGAAAUGGCCAAUGGUCUGUGGGUACAGCUAGUCUUUGGAAUAGAUGGGUCAAUUAAAGGUCUUAUGUAGCUGAGGGUUGGGCAUAAUUAUAAUGUCUUGAAGCUGGAUGAUGAUUAAAAUGUUUAUAAACGGAAUGCAGCUACAAAGCAGUAAAAUUGAAAAGCUUUGAUGGUAUCUGGUGUAUGAAAAAGUUUAAUGAAUGUAUGCAGCUACAGGCCAAUCAACAGUCAACCUUUUCGGUCAACUACAUGAAAUUAAUUGUCAAGCCAAAUAAGAAAAAGUCGAUGCCAACUGAUAAUGUAAAAGUAUAAAUUAUAAACAGCAAAAGGUACAGCAAUACAUAGACUUUUUACCUAUUGGCUGGCAAUAGGAACAGACAAAUUAGUAACAAGUAAAUAGGUUAAAAAGAAAGUGUAUGUGGUUCAAGUUACAGCAUGAGUUUGUCUGCUCCUAAUCUACUGUUAUAUAGCCAGGCAAGGUACAGCAGAACAAGACAUCCUCUCUGAUAACAAAGUUGAGAUUAGAAGAGUUGAACAUUAUUUUUUUUCUUGAUUCAAAAUUCAUUCCAUAUUUUAACGUGCUCUUUUUGCACUUGAUUAGAACUUAUCAUGUAUUAUGAACCGAAAAAUAAAGAUAUAAGUAGGCUGAGAUCAUGUAUAAACAUCAGUAUAAACAUUUGAACGUGCUCUAUUUGCAAUGGAUUAGCACUGAUCAUGUAUUAUGAACCGUAAAUUAAAGAUGUUAGUAGGCCCAGAUCAUGUAUAAACAUAAUUAGUACUAAGGAGUUUGGGAAUAUAGAUCAGUAUUAGCCAGUGUUUGAGAAUACUGUUGAUGGUUUAAGGAAUUUGAAGCAAUUAGUAUUUGAAACAGUUUAAACAAGUUUAAACAUAUCCUGUGUAAUGCCAAAAUAGGUCUUAUGCCAGCAUAGCUUCAGACCAGCCAGUGGAGUCGUGUAGUAUGGUCAGGAGCUACCAUUUCUGCUUAUGUGGCCUGACACCUUGCAUGAUCACUGAUCAGGCUGCACGGAUGCGCAGGCAGGCCUGAAACUAAGAUUGCAGCAUGUGGCAAAAGACCCAUGUCUUUCUUGUAUAUCCAGUAUGUUUGCAACAAUUUGUCUAAUGGCAUAUGCUGCCAGCAUAGCUCCAGUGAAGGAUGCUCAUUUGCAGUCUUGUCAGAAGCUACCGUGUUCACUACCAUGGUAAGUCAGAAAAGGGUUUUUUGUUCUCGAAAGCUGAGUUGGUUGCUCGCGACCAAAUUGCAUGAAGGCACAAUCUGGCUUGUUGCUACUCUGGCCCAAUAUGGCAUAAUACUCAUUUUUGCAUGAGGCAGGUCAUACAUAGUACAUAUCUGAGACUUGUUACUGACAUGUGUAAGUAACAUUUAAGUUGCAUGCUUGUAUUUUUAUAUACAAUAAUUCUUAUGACCUGGUUGUAAAAUUAUUAAAAACCUUUUUUGGAUUGCAAAAAUCAGUUGAAACGCUGCUUGCUGUUUAUCAUUGAUCAUUUCAUUUGUAACAUUUAAAACAUAAUUUUACUGUUUCUUGGAUUACAUGCACCGCGUUUCCUUCUUAAAAGUUAUUGUUUUACGUCCAGAAUACAGCUUGAUAUAUUUGGGAAGAAAAGCAAAGCUGUUUCUACUAAACUAUAUAAUGCAUGAAUGUUUAUUCAGAAUCUGUUGUUCAUUAUUGUGUAUUUAACAGUCAAUGGAGAAAUCAAUUAUAUCAAAUGUAGAUUAUAGUGUUUCAUUAUCAUGACCGAUUUAACCUACAUUUGGAAAAUUUUGUUUUUACUAAAAUUAAACUAUUUGAUAAAUAUGCAUGAGAUUUGUCUGACGAAAAAGAAUAAAAAAUGAUUUAACAGUC